AUGUUAAAACUAGAAGUUGCAGUACCUGCACCAGGCAUGGAUUUCGACUUCAACGAGGCUCGACCUUUGCCAUUCUUGAGUGCUCCAUCUACACCAAAACGGUUUGGGGAUUACACCCUCAGCGCUCCAACAAGUCCUUCACGUGUGGCCGAGUUUUAUAGUUAUUUCGACAGCUUGGUUGAUGAUAGCAAUGAAGAAACAACUGGGGUUCCUUUUCGUUGGGAAGAAAGGCCUGGCACGCCUAAAUCACCACGGGCAACAACCAACUCUAAUAAUGAAGAUGACUUUGCUUUUGAUUUCAGUGCCAAACUAGAAGAGAAAUCACUCUCAGCAGACGAACUUUUUGACGGAGGCAAAAUCCGGCCCCUGAAGCUUCCACCUGCUAGAUUACAAGCCGAGGAUUCUACCCAGAGAAGCCCACGUUCCUCACCACGAUCUCCAAUACAGAAAGGGAAAACGAUGAUACGUGAAGUCUUUUCGCCAAGAAAAAAGAAAGAUUCAGAUCCAUUUGCAACUGCUGUUGAAAAAACUCGAAAGAGAACCGAAAAUGAAAGAGGAAGGGGAAGAGAGAGAGAUUCAGGGUUAACAUCCAGUUCAAGCCGCAAAGCAUCAAGAUCUCUGUCUCCAUGUAGAGUAUCUGAGUAUCCAUGGGAAGAAGAAAAACAGCUACAGAAAAUCACCAACCAAUCAGCACCCAAUUCAAAAACUUUAGUAUCAUCCAGUUCUUCUUCUUCAAAGAGUUCUUCAAAGAAGUGGAGACUCAAAGAUUUUCUGUUAUUUAGAAGCGCAUCUGAGGGACAUGCACAUGAUAAGGAUCUCAGGAAGUACUCAGGUCUGUUCAGAAAAAAUAUAGAUGGGAAAGAGCAAGGCUUGCGGUCCACAGACAGUUCAGGUUCAGUGUCUUCAAGGAGAAAGGGACCAGUGUCGGCACAUGAGUUACAUUACACAGUGAACAAAGCGGUAUCAGAGAAUAUGAAGAAGAAAACUUUCUUGCCGUACAAACAAGGCAUUUUUGGGAGAUUGGCUUUCAAUCCAGCCGCUCAUGCUCUUUCCAAUGGCUUCGGGACUUUUACGCGUUAA